AUGGAAGCAACACUGAAGUCAAAGCUAGAUACAUUUCCUACUAUCACUACUAAGGACAUCCAUCGUUUAUAUGAUCUGUCUGACAUCAUCGACGAGAUAAAUGCAGCCAAGGAAGAUAGCAGAUACUCUUGUUUGUUGGCUUAUUUCGAUAGCUCUACGGGUGUGAUUCCUAUAGUGAGCAAGCUUCCGUUCAGCCUCCAGGAAAAGUGGACAAAUGUAGCGGUGAAAUACAUGAAGGAUCAUUGUGUAUCAUUCCCACCUUUUACAGUCUUUGCGGACUUUAUUCGGGAGCAGAGUCGCACAAAGAACAACCCAUCAUUCACUUACUUAAUUGAAUCUAAAAUAGACAGUCAACAGCAUGGCAAGCGUGUACGUGAAAGGAAUUUACAUGUUUCUUCCAAGAAAACGGAUAUAUCUCGGGCGGAGGAAGACAAAGAGGAAAGAAAAUGUCCCUUGCACAAUACAUUUCACUCCCUUAAUAAAUGCAAGGGCUUCGCGAUGAAAUCCCUGGAAGAAAGAAGGAAGUUCUUAAAGGACAAAAACAUUUGUUUUAGAUGUUGUGAAUCACGAUCACAUAAACAAAGAGACUGUUCAGUCCCUGUGAAGUGUGACGAAUGUGACAGUACAUCUCAUCCCACAGCACUCCAUUGUCAUGCCGCAAAGAACCGAUUAGAACGAAGGCAUGAUGGCGGGGAGAAGCAUGACUCUAAGGAAACUUCAGAUGUGAAAGUUGCUUGCACUGAAAUUUGUGGAAGGAACUUUGGUGGCAAGUCCUGUGCUAAAACCUUACUUGUUCGAGUAUUCCCAAAAGGACAACCCCAGCAUGCAAAACUGAUGUAUGCAGUCAUCGAUGAUCAAUCGAACCGUUCUCUUGUCAGUCCCGAGUUCUUUGAGCUGUUUAACAUACAGAGUGACUCUACUUCAUACAUGCUCUCGUCAUGUGGUGGAACUAUUCAGACAUCGGGAAGGAAAGCAGAAGGUUUUGUUGUUGAGUCAUACGACAGUAGCUGUAAGAUGAAUCUACCGACUUUGAUCGAAUGUCAGGUUCCAAAUGUACGCGAUGAGAUUCCCACACAGGACAUUGCGUUGCAUUACAGCCAUCUUCGUGAUGUAGCAAGAUUCAUUCCUCCACUCGAUCAUGAUGCGGACAUUAUUUUGCUCCUGGGAAGAGACAUUAUCCAGGCUCACCAUGUCCUUGAUCAACGCAUUGGUUAUGGCAACCAACCUUACGCACAGAAACUUCAUCUUGGGUGGGCCAUAAUAGGUGAAACUUGUUUAGGCAAGACUCAUGCACCAGCAGUGGUCAACACAUACAAAACCCACUUACUAGGAUCCGGUCGUGUAUCAUUAUUUCCUCCCUGUACAAAUGAGUUCAGGAUUUGUGAGGAUUCUAACCGACAUUAUGGUUUCAGCAACAGAAACGCAGCAACACAUCUUAACAAUGAAGACUUUGGCAAGAAUGUUUUUCAGAGGACAAAGGACGAUGAAAAACCAGGCAUGUCUGUAGAUGAUCGUGAAUUCCUUCAAAUCAUGCACGAAAGCCUUCAGAAGGACAACACUGGAAACUGGGUUGCCCCUCUACCCUUUCGCCAACAACGAUUGAAACUUCCGAACAACAGAUCACUCGCUCUUAGAAGAGCCAAAGCAUUAGAUGUCAAUCUUCAGAAAAAUCCAAUUAAGAAAGAACAUUUUCUUGCAUUCAUGGACGGAAUCUUGACAAAUGGCCAUGCAGAGGUUGCACCACCAAUAUCAGAACAAGAAGAAUGUUGGUUUCUUCCCAUAUUUGGCAUAUAUCACCCUAAAAAGCCUGAUCAACUACGAGCCGUGUUUGACUCUUCAGCUAAAUAUGGAGGAUUAUCUUUAAAUGAUGUUCUUCUAACUGGGCCAGAUCUUACCAAUAGUCUGCUAGGAGUCUUGUUGAGAUUUCGCAAAGAAUCAGUCGCAAUCAUGGGCGACAUCCAGCAGAUGUUUUACUGCUUUAUGGUAGGCGAGGACCAUCGAAACUUCGUAAGGUUCUUUUGGUAUGAAGAGAAUGAUCCAAACAGAACAAUGAUAGAAUUCAGAAUGACGGUUCAUGUGUUCGGAAAUAGCCCGUCACCGUCAAUUGCCACUUAUGGUCUUCGCAAGACAGCAGCCGUUGCUGAGCCAGAAUUUGGGAAGGAUGUAACUGACUUUGUAGAGAACAAUUUCUACGUCGAUGAUGGUCUGUUAUCCCUUCCUACUGUCCCACAAGCUAUUGACCUGAUGAAGAGAACACAACAAGCUCUCCAGUCACAAGGCAACUUGCGAUUACAUAAGAUAGCCUCUAACCACAACGCCUCUCCAGCAGAUGAUUUAGCUAAAGGUAUGAAGGAAAUUGAAUUUGGAAAGGACUCUCUUCCGAAUCAACGUAGUCUAGGACUCAACUGGAACUUGGAAUCUGAUGUAUUUUUCUUUCAAGUCGCUACGGGAGACAAACCUUACACGAAAAGAGGAGUAUUGUCUACGAUAAACAGCAUAUUCGACCCCAUUGGGUUUCUUGCUCCAGUUGUGCUUGAAGGAAAGAGUCUCCUGAGACACCUGGUAUGUGGCGCGGUCGACUGGGAUGAAACGUUACCAGCAGAACAGAUGGGUGACUGGAAACGCUGGAAGGAGUCAUUAGUUCAUCUAGAGGAUAUCAAAAUACCACGUACAUACCUACCUGGUUCCCUGUCAAACUGUAAAGAGAAAUCGGUUCAUAUCUUCUGUGAUGCGUCUGAACUUGCAAUUGCCGCAGUUGGCUACCUGAAGACAACUUCUCAGAAAGAUGAAUGCAACGUCGGUUUCGUCUUGGGAAGAGGAAACCUCGCUCCACCUCAUGGACACACAAUUCCGCGACUGGAAUUGUGUGCAGCAGUAUUGGCUGUGGAACUAGCUUGUUCCAUCUCAGAUCACCUUUCGAUUCCGAUUGAUGAAUUCAGUAUGUAUUCUGACAGUCGUGUGGUCCUUGGAUACAUUUAUAACACUUCAAGACGAUUUUACACUUACGUAACCAAUCGUGUGUCAUUCAUUCAGAGAAUAACUAAACCGGUCCAGUGGUCAUUUGUUCCAACGGAAAGGAAUCCUGCAGAUCAGGCUACUCGUGCUUUACCAGCACAAGACUUGAAAGAUAGCGCUUGGAUAAAAGGACCAGCUUAUCUUAGAGAACAAACCCAACCCAUCAAUGAAACAUUUGAAAUCAUUGACCCGGACAAGGACAAGGAAGUGAGAUCAGUUGUCAUCUCCAAUAAAAAAUGUGUGACCGCUCCGUCAUUGGGAUCUGACAGACUCUUCAGAUUCUCAACUUGGAAGAAUCUCAUAGAGACUUUCUCUUUGCUGAAACACAUUGCAGAAUCAUUCCAUCGCAACAGUGAUUGUGCGGGGUCGCAUGUGUGUUCCAAAUCCCAAACUGUUGAUGCCUUUCAACAAGCAGAGUUGAUGAUCAUCAAGGCAGUUCAACGAGAGUUUUACUUUGAAGAAUAUGAAUCUCUAGUUCAUGGUGAACCUUUACUGAAGUCAAGUACCUUACUGUCUCUUGAUGUUUUCCUUGACGACGAAGGCGUACUGAGAGUUGGAGGAAGGUUGAACAGGAGCAAGAUUCCUCGCGAUGUCAGAAACCCAGUCAUCAUUCCAGGCCGACAUCACAUCGCUCUGCUUCUUGUCAGACAUUUCCAUUCUCUUGCUAAACAUCAGGGUAGACACAUAACCUCUGGAACUAUACGAAACGCUGGGUUUUGGAUCAUCGGAGGCAAACGUUUGAUCUCGUUUGUCAUCCAUAAGUGCGUUAAGUGUAGGAAACUACGUGGACAGAUGGAGCACCAGAAGAUGGCUGCUCUGCCACCCGAACGUGUAGAGCCAAGCCCUCCGUUCACUUAUGUAGGCCUUGACACUUUCGCUCCUUGGGAAGUGGUCACUCGGAGAACAAGAGGUGGAGCUGCACGUGCAAAGCAUUGGGCCAUACUUUUUACCUGUCUGGCAACUAGAGGUAUCCAUAUCGAGGUGGUAGAAGACAUGAGUUCAUCUGCAUUUAUUAAUGCAUUCAAGCGUUUCGUUGCCAUCCGUGGCAAGGUUGUACAAGUUCGUUCGGAUAGGGGAACAAAUUUUGUAGGUGCAACAGAAGAUCUCCAAAUCGACACCAUAAACGUGGAAGAUGGACCUGUGAAGAACUUCUUGUAUAACAAUGGAACAACUUGGCUAUUCAACCCACCACAUUCCUCCCACAUGGGAGGUGUGUGGGAGCGCUUGAUUGGGGUAACGAGAAGGAUUCUUGAUGCAAUGCUAUCAGAGAUAAUCCCUGGUUCCUUGACACAUGAGGUUCUUACAACAUUUCUUGCAGAGGCAUCUGCAAUAGUGAACUCACGACCUCUCGUAUCGUUAUCGACCGACCCUAAAAACCCUCUACCUUUGAGUCCAUCCAUGAUGCUUACUCAAAAACCAGCCAUGAUGAGUAUCAGUUUGCCAACAGUAGAUGAGAAGAACAUGUACCAUGCACAAUGCAAACGUGUCCAACACCUCGCCGAAGUGUUCUGGAGAAGAUGGAAAUCACAAUACCUAGACACUCUACAGAGUUAUCGAAAAUGGAAAUACGAUCGGCGUAACCUUUCAGAGGGAGAUGUGGUUCUGAUGAGAGACAAUUCAGUUGCACGCAACUAUUGGCCAAUGGGUAUCAUCACCAAAGUCUUCCCUAGUAGUGAUGGUAAGGUUAGGAAGGUAGAGGUUCGAGUAGUGUAUCGUGAAGGUGGAUCAUCGGUGUUCACGCGUCCUGUGACCGAAGUUGUGCUUUUGUUGUCUGACGAUUAG